UCCUCCUGGCUCUGAUCAUGUGAUGGUGAAGAAGUGGCCCAUUAAUGAAGCUCCUCUCCGGGGGUCUCUUCUGCUCCUGUCACCGCCGUCCAGCCCACAGACGGGACAGACCGGCAGAGGGACAUGGAGGAGGCGGCAGCCGCUUAGCGCAGCGCGGCAGGAGGAGGACUGACACCGGGCUGCACCUGCAGCGGCUGCUUGCUGAACUUUUGCUCAGCGUGACGGCGGCUCCGGCAGUGAGACUCGGGGCCAUGCGUGCCCAACAGUCGUCCGCUUUAUUUCCGUGCCUGACGGUGUUCUAAAGAGUUGGAACAGUUUGGACAAAGUUUGGAAAGCGUGGGGCGAGUCUUUUCCGCCCCGAGCAGACUGAGACCGAACUCAUCCCGGGCCGCUGCGGUCCGGCUCGGUCCGGCAGAAGAAUGCCUCGCCCGGGGAGGAACACGUACAGCGAUCAGAAGCCUCCGUACUCCUACAUCUCCCUGACGGCCAUGGCUAUCCAGAGCUGCCCGGAGAAGAUGCUCCCCCUCAGCGAGAUCUACAAGUUCAUCAUGGACCGGUUCCCGUACUACCGGGAGAACACGCAGCGGUGGCAGAACUCCCUGCGGCACAACCUGUCCUUCAACGACUGCUUCAUCAAGAUCCCCCGCAGACCCGACCAGCCCGGGAAGGGCAGCUUCUGGGCUCUGCACCCGAGCUGCGGCGACAUGUUUGAAAACGGGAGUUUUCUGCGGCGCAGGAAGCGCUUCAAGGUGGGCGGCGUCCAGGCCACGGACCCGCUGGCGCCCAGCAAGCCGCACGACGCCGCGCACUACCUGCAGCAGCAGGCCAAGCUGCGGCUCAGCGCGCUGCACGCCGCCGCGCACCUCCCGCAGAUGCCGGGCGGAUACAACCUGAGCCCGGUGACCCAGCCGUCCAGCUUCAAACACCCGUUCGCCAUCGAGAACAUCAUCGCCAGAGAGUACAAGAUGCCGGGCGGGCUGGCGGCCUUCUCCACCACCGGGUACCCGCUGCACAACCAGCUGACGCCGGCCUGGCCGCACAUGUACGGCUCCGGGAUGAUGGACUCCGCAGCUCCCAUCUCCAUGGCCCCCAGCGACUACUCGGCCUACGGCGUGCCGCUCAAGUCCAUCUGUCACAGCGGGCAGAGCCUGCCCGCCAUCCCGGUGCCCAUCAAACCCACGCCCACGUCGAUGCCGGGCCUGCCCGGGCUGCCCGCACACAUCCCGGCUUUCCUCGCCAACUCGCCGCAGUCCCUGAGCCCCACCUCCCCGCAGGCGGCCACCGGCCAGAGCAGCCCGGCCGCGCCCGGAGAAGCGCUGUCAUCCUCGGCCUCCGCGGCGCUGCAGUCCGCGGUCGCGGUGCACUGACGGACUCUGCUCUCCUUUUGUAAAAACGGAACAUGAGAAACUUCCUCAGCAGCUCCGGGACGCCAAGUGCGCGGAUUCUUGGAAUAUUUCUGUUGAGUUUGUUUCCCUGAAAAGACAGAAAUGACCUCUGACCCACAGCCCACAGCUCUGAUGUUAUUUUGGACGCUCAUUUGUGUUUGUGUUUGGAAACGGAAACUAACUUUGAAUCCGUUUAGAUGUUGUGUUGCUCACAUUCCCGCACAGGCGGACUCCUGGACCCCUGGACUCCU